AUGGAGACCUUCUCUCUGCUGUUGCUUGGUCUGGGGUUGGUUCUUGCAGGAACUUCAGAAAGCAUAACGGAGAUCAUUAAAGAAGAAUUUUCAGAGGAAGAGGUGCAAUAUGACAUGGUAAAAAGUGGCCAAGAGAAACAGACCAUUGAGGUAUUAGUGAACUUGACCCUGUUAGAUAAAAAUACCAGCUUCAGCAUGUCCAAAGAUGUUUUUCCUUCCUCACCACUGACAUUCAGAAAGUUAUGUCAUAGUGUUCCCAAGGGAAACAGGCCAGGUAAUGACAAAGAGAGUGACAAUAAUAUGACCGACUGGAGAAAAGUUUUAGAAGCUAAUGGGUCAUGCAAAAUGAGCAAUAUUUUCAUUCAUGGCUCCAUGGAAGUGAUCCACGGGGUCCACAAGUCCCCCAGCUGCACAUGUGGACAGAGUCCUGGCAUGAGCUGCUGUGAGAGCACAGAACUGGAGAACACUAUGUACCAGCUCACUACACGCAAACAACACCACCGGUGCCAAUACCACAGUGUUACUUCAUUGAAGAAGAUGUUGAUAGUGCUGACAGGUCAUUCUCUGAUGAGCUGGUUAGUUAGUGGCUCUAAAUUGUAAAUCUGACAAGGCUUUGGGACUAGGGUCCAUGUAAAGGACAUAUUCGUGCUCAUUAUUGUUUCUUUCCUUCUGUUAUUCAUAUCUACCCCCUUAACACUAUAGGAAACUCAAUUGUUGAUACUAUCUGGAUCAGUGAAAAGUUCAAAACUGGAUAAUGAAAUUUAAUUUAUAACUGAUCCUGGAGUUAAAAUUCUGUCUCUCACAUACACAUAUACUCCCUACC